AUGCAUGUAUCAAACUCGAAUAAUCAUAAUAAUAAUACUAAUAAUACCAAUAAUUCAAAAGUUUAUUUAACUGAUGACCAAGUAGAUAAAUUAAAACAAGUAUUAGAUCGUCCUAUUCCAAUAUGUUCAUCACCACCAUCAUCAUCUCCAACAUUAAAUAUAGUACCACGUUAUUUUCUUCGACAAGUUGUACGUAAAUUAAAACAAUAUUCAAUUGAUGUAACAAGUAUUCGUUUAAAUGGUGGUGCAGCAUCCUAUAUACUUGUUAAUGAUUCCAAUUUUGUUUAUCGUGAUAUUGAUAUAUUAAUAUUUAUUAAAACUCCAUUAUCAUCGGAACAAAAAACAACAUUAUUAUCAACAAAUAAUGAACCAUAUUCAUGUGAUGUAUGGACAAUAAUUAAAUUUGUUAUAUGUUUAUGUUUAUUAGAAAAUAUUACAAAUACAACAUCAACAGAACAUCAAUAUACUCAUCAUUAUUUAUCCACUGUUCUUGAUACAUAUACAAAAAAAAAUAUUAAAAUAUCAUCCGAACAAGAUUCAUGGGCAUUAUUAUCUUUACAGAAUUAUUUUGGACAAAAUCUUGAAUUAAAAUUUGUUGAACAUCUUAAACGACAAUGGCAAUUUAGUGUUGAUUCAUUUCAAAUUAAUCUUGAACCAUUAUUAUAUGAAAAACAAUUCAAUAAUCAAUCUAAAUUAACAACAUCAUCCAUAAUAAAAACAAUUAAAACGAAAUGUUUAGUUAUUGAUGCAAUUAAUGGUUUAACAAUAAUUAAAAAAGAAUGUGGUGGUGAUGAUGACCAAAGUAAUGAAGCAAAAAAUUCAAAUGAAAUUAAUCAUCAUCAAAAUAAUACCAUAUCAACAAGUACAAGUCCUUUACAAUUUGGAUUUUUUACACCAUCAUCAUCACCGAAUACAAUUGAUCAGAAAAAUAAUAUUGAACAUCAAACACUUGUAACAAAUACAACAAUUACAACAUUAAAUAAUAUUACUGAUGACAUUUAUGAAUCUCGUUCACGUUCAUCAAAAGGAUCCAUAUCUACAUUGAAUAAUGAUUCAAUAAAUUCUUCUUCACUUCAAUUUCAUCUUUCAUUAAAUGAUGAUAUCGAUGAUGGAAUUGUUUCUGAUGCUGAUGAUUCAGCAAAUGAAGAUGAUGAUCAGGUAUUUCGUACUCCAGUUGAUACAAGCAGUGGUCCAUCUAGUCCAUCAACAAUUAUUGCAAUCGAUAUAUCACCAUCAUCUUCACCUGUAGUUGAAGUUUAUUCUGUUUAUAAUAAUUUACAACAAGCACUUGAUCAUUUACAGAAAAAAUUAAUUGCAACUUAUGCACCUGAAUCAAUGCGUGGUGGUGGUUUAUUAAAAUUUUGUGAUUUAUUAGCACAAAAUUAUACAAUUCAUGAUCAAGGAGAUAUGUUAGCUAUGCAACGAUAUAUGUGUUCCAGAUUCUUUAUUGAUUAUAAAACUAUACCGGAACAAAUGCAUGUUGUUAAUCAAUAUGUUUCAACACAUUUCUUACCAUUAUCAAUGACAAAUAUGGAACCAUCAUCAAAUUCUUUAGCACAACGUCGAAAUAAUCAAUCAAAUCCAAAAUCUUCUCAAGAUCAAAAUAAUGUUAAUAAUGCACGACUUUGUUUAUUAUUUUUCGAUCAUUUAUUAUCAAUUAUUCAAAUAAGUACAGUAUGUUUAACUCAUCAUGAUAAAGAAGCGACGUUAAUGAAUAUUAAUCAACUUAAACAAUAUUAUCAUUGUAAAUGUGAAUAUUUAUUUAUUGGAGAUAGUUAUCAUCAACAACGAUAUCAUUCAUAUCAAAAUUACAAUCACAAUCACAAUCAUUAUAAUAAUCAUCAACAAUACUCCAGUUCAUCAUCGAAUUCUAGUCGAUCAUCAUCACCAUCCAGAUCAUCAACGAAUUCGUAUAGAUAUUAUCGACAUAAUAAUAAUGCUAACAAUCAAAAUAGUCAUCGAUAUAACAAUACAAAUUAUCGACAUCAUAAUAAUCAACGACAAUUGAUCAAUUCGACAUCAUAUCAUCCUGGAUCUCGUAAUUAUUCAAAUAAUUUUAAUACGAAUCAUCAAGUAAUAUCAAAUUAUCAUCAACGUCGACAUCCAUUGUGA